GGGAAGCGCGCGCAGCUUUGAACAGGGUUAAGCGGUGGGGAGGAGGAAUUCCCGGAGCGAGAAAGGAAUAGCAAGGGAGCCCAGGAGGUGGAUGACUUUUCCCACUCUGUCUCUUUUACCUCCAGCUCCUCGGCCCUAACACUGUAUCCUCUCCCCGAAUCUAGAUCUCCUCUGACCCUUGUCCCAAUCGCUCCCUCCCCACAACGAAAAUUCGCGCAAACGCGUUUCAAGUCGGUGUGUAAAACACCACUUUGCGACUGUCGCAAACAGGGAGGAUCUGCCGUGCAGUGGUUGUUAUGGAAAUGACGUAAUUGAAGCUCGUGACUGUGGCCUGUGGUGAUUCCGAAGCCUGACAGCAGCGAUUGAGGAGGUGGUCGUGAAGGCAAAAAGCCGGGACUAAAUCAGAAUAUUCUGUAGGAGGGGGAUGCCGAGCACAGCCAUGAAGAAAAAGGUGCUACUGAUGGGAAAGAGUGGGUCUGGUAAGACUAGCAUGAGAUCCAUUAUUUUUGCAAACUACAUAGCCAGAGACACACGACGUCUUGCAGCUACAAUCGAUGUGGAACAUUCACAUGUCCGAUUCCUGGGAAACCUCGUCCUGAAUCUAUGGGACUGUGGUGGUCAGGACACCUUCAUGGAAAACUACUUUACUAGUCAACGAGACAACAUAUUCCGCAAUGUGGAAGUUCUUAUUUAUGUUUUUGAUGUGGAAAGUCGUGAAUUAGAGAAAGAUAUGCACUAUUACCAAUCAUGCUUGGAGGCAAUUCUACAAAACUCUCCUGAUGCCAAAAUCUUCUGCCUUGUUCACAAAAUGGAUCUUGUGCAGGAAGAUCAGCGAGACUUGAUUUUUAAGGAACGUGAAGAUGACUUGAGGCGUUUGUCCCGUCCUCUAGAAUGUACCUGCUUUAGAACCUCCAUCUGGGAUGAGACCUUGUAUAAAGCUUGGUCAAGCAUUGUGUACCAGCUGAUCCCGAAUGUACAACAACUGGAAACCAACUUGAGGAAUUUUGCUCAAAUUAUUGAAGCGGAUGAGGUGCUACUAUUUGAAAGGGCCACAUUCUUAGUGAUCUCGCACUAUCAGUGCAAAGAACAGAGGGAUGCACACAGAUUUGAAAAGAUCAGCAAUAUUAUUAAGCAAUUUAAGCUAAGCUGCAGUAAAUUGGCUGCCUCUUUCCAAAGUAUGGAAGUUAGGAACUCCAAUUUUGCAGCAUUCAUUGAUGUCUUCACAUCUAACACAUAUGUGAUGGUAAUCAUGUCCGAUCCUUCUAUACCUUCAGCAGCUACACUCAUCAAUAUUCGUAAUGCCCGAAAACAUUUUGAGAAGCUGGAGAGAGUUGAUGGUCCCAAGCAUAGUCUUUUGGUGCGCUGAAGAUCAAUUUUAUUAUAGACUGGAUAACAGAUGGGUGUAUGACAGAUUGAUAUUUCUUGAUAUAAUUCUUUAUAUCGUGUCUGUUUUUUGAGUAAUUGCUGCAAUUGUCACAUUUUUUGUGACCUUGAGCGUUUUGUCAAAUAUAUUUGUCAUCUCCUGAAAGCAGCAGGAUUCUCUUUAUUCCAGACUCUGCUGUAAAACUCUUAGAACAAGAGAUUUUACCACCACCCAGUAGAAGCCCCAUUUUUAUGAUAACCAUGCAGGAGCUGGAACCUUUUUAGGAAGCAUCUGUGGAAGUCUCUCAUAACAAGGCUUUUGACUUUGCAUUCUGCACGUAAAAUAUACUGUCUUACUACUUUUGACCUGACAAUCUAACUUUCUGUUGAACUACAAGUAAAAGCUCAAUAUGAUCAGUUGUAUCUGUUUAAAAAAACAACCUAUACAAGUGGAAUGGAAAUCUACUUACCAAGGAGCUAUGAAGAUAAUCACUUCCUGCAGUAUUUAUCCAAUGUUAGUGCUGGAAUGAAUGGCAUGGCUACUGUCACCCCCACCCCCAUCCCCACCCCCACCCCAGAAGUAAAUUGUUCAGUUAUACAUUGUAUGCAAUUUACCUUUUUCUGCUUUUUUUAAUCUUCCAAAGUAAUGGUGCUUUAUUAAAAGAAGAUGAAUAAUCAAUCGUCCCUUGCACACUUAGAUCAUUCAGCAUUCUCAUCUUUACUAAGUUGUGAUGCCCUAGCAGCAAUUCCCCUCUUUUCUUUUCUCCCCUCCUUAACCCUCCAAGAUGGGAGAAGCUGUGACCAGUUUUCCUCAAUACUUUAGUCCAAUUUCUAGAAUUUAAUGGGCCAAACGUGAAAGAGUGGAUUAUCUGCCUAUUUCCUGUUAAAAUAAUCCAAAUAAUUUAAUGUCUGAUUUGAUAUUGAAUUAUUUUGUACUUCCAUAGGGUUACUCUGUAAUGCUUAUUUUGAUUGUUCUUUAUGAAACUGCACUUUUUAGCUGACGAGAAGGCUGUGUGCAUUACAUUGCAACUGAUUUGGUACUUGAUGCUUGGGUUUAAAACAAAACUCAACAGACUGUUUAAACCAUGUGAUAGUGUUUUCUUUGUCAGUCCCACAGGAUUGGUUCUCUGUUCCUUCAGCUGCACGUGGUAAAUCAUGUCUGUUGUGGUCUGUUGAAUUUUCUGUUCUCCACUCCAGUAUAUAACUUGAAGAAAACAAAAUGACCUGAAUAAAACAAAAAAAAACUUU